AUGGCGUUGCCCCAUCUGACUGUGGUGUUGACCAUUGUCGUUUUUAACUUGGGUAGGUUGCCAUUAUAUUUGCAUCGUACGAGUUAUUCCUUGCUGUCAUUUUUAUCUUGCGCGCUUCAAUCCGUGCAAAGACAUUUCGACAGGGAAGGUGCCUCGUCAAUAUUAGUGGUUUUGUGAAGUGCAGUCUUAAUAACUUAGAGCUGAAGGCAUCCCUGUGUCUCUGUUUAUUACAUUUUGCAUCCUUCAGUGAGUUAGAUUCUGCAAAACUAUUUUUAGGAGCAUGAUCAUGAAUUUUUUUCAGACAGCUACAUUUACUUCCCUCAGUCCGUGUUUUAUCCCAGCCCACGUCAAUUUGCAUAUUUUAUUUAAUAAUUGUACCUUAGGAUGCCGACAUUCGUUCAGAUUUUGACUCCGAGUUGGCUAUACACUUGUUCAGUCAUCUGCGGGUUUAGCACUUCGAGGAAGUUGUACCUAAGUAAUCUGACUUGAAGGCAAAACCAGCAACCGAAAUAUAAACAAUAGAAUUAUCUUUAAACAAGUGAACUGACAAUUCCCAGAAAAAUGCAAAUCGUAAUAGUUUAUUUGGUACACUGGCUAUAGGCAUAUUUCUUUAUUUAGCCGAAGAAUAACCAUUAUAUCUACACUAAAAGAAAUUUCACACAAAGUAUGUACCCUCAUACCUAUGACUUCUACAUAAGUAACCAGAUGCAGCUACCCCUGCUUAUAAACCCAUUGCCUUGUUUGGUAAUGUUGUGUGCAAUGAAGGUGUUUGCUAUAACCAGCACAUUCAGGCUCAUUUCUGAAUCCCUAAUUACUCUUUCGUCAACAUUGUAAAGGUUCUUCUCGACAACAGGCACACAUCAGCGUCUGUGAGCAACCGUACGCGGGUUGCGUGGGCUUCCACAAUAAGCAGGAUAACUUUUCAUCGUUUCGUCAAUGCCUGAAGGACUGCGAUUUCAAAAACGGUUGGCUUGUUUUCUGGAAACAUUUUAGACCUCUUUUUAUUUGGCGAAAUCUAAGCAGUAUUUUCCGUUGUUUAGUGCCUGGGGCGAAGUCGCUUAGAGCGUACUCCUGCAUCGAUUACUCUAAGCCAUGUUCCCCGUUGACAUUUUAUCAAAUCCAGUCAUCUACUGAUGCCUUCUUCGAAUGGACCAAGUGCCUUGAAGUAUGUCACCUAUUCACCAACGGUAAGGAUAAUUCGCCUUCUAAAUCAGAGUCGAAACUAAGUGUACUUAUGCAUCUAUGCCAUUACUUACUUCUGCAUUAUUAGUGAAAGAUGUUUGACUUCAUCAUUUAUAACACCCAUCUAAAGUAACAUGGAAAAGUUCUUUGCAAGGAAACCCUGUCUUACGGCAUAAUGCAUAGACAUGACUUUUGUAGUCGUUUCAGUAUUAACUCUAAGGAUCAUGUGCUGCUCUAUGCCUUAGCGUAAAUUUAUUUAAUCUUUCGGUCCUAGACGAUGGAAAAGUCUCGACUACGGGGAAUAUCUGUAUGCAACCGAAACACGAUUGCUUCAGUUUUGCAAACAGUGAAGGGACCGUUGACAAAUUCAUGAAAUGCUAUGUGGACUGCCAAGUAAUUAGAAAAGGUGAAGUAUUCGUUUAGACAUUAGAUGAAUGAAUAUUGCUACUUUACGCUUAAUGAUAAAAGAUUUUGUUUCAUUCAGAAACCCACACAUAUCUGAAUUACAUGUACGUGUGCAGUCCGAACUAUCAAGACUGUAUUGAUUCCAUAUUCUUCACCCUAUCGGAAGAACGGGAACCCAAACAGGUACUAACGAAGUGCUACCAGAACUGUGGAAUUGGCGAAGGUACGAUUGAAAGAAUGUCUAUCUACUAACAUUAUGGCGUGCAUUUUGGUAAACCUGCCUUAUAGUAAAAUCCAUGAUUAAAUAUCGAUCGAGCUGACGCGCGUUUCAGGAAACGGGUGCACGCAAGGAAAAAAUUAGAACUGUGCUUUACGAUUAGGUUUACAAUUGGUAGUAUUUUCUUGCCGAACAUUCUGAAGAAACUGUUAAAAAAAACCCAAAACAAAGGCCUAACAGUUUAAUACGUAAAACGUAAACAGACAUUAAAAGGCGAAAGAUUGAGGGAGAAAAGUAGCGCAGAAAAAAGAAAAAAACAAGAGGACAAAUAAAAUAUCAAUGAAAAAUUUCUUAUAUAAGGGGCAGAUAUGAAAAAAAGAAGCAUGGACACCCGGAAAGAAUAACCUGGUCAAACGGAAAUUAAGUCAAAAGGCUGAGAUGAAAGGGCAAACGCAACGCAUGUGUGCGCGAUCAUGUAAAAGCAAAACAUCAAUCAUUGGCAGAAAUGGGUGGUGAAUAUAAUUCAAGAUCAGGCAGGAAAACUAGGUAGGCUAGUAAACUUAUCUCGCAGAAGGCUGUCUGAUGCGGCGGUGACUGAUAGACUUGCUUUCACGUGGCAUACCUCAUUCUGCAAUUCUUCGCCUUUUUCCACUCAAACCUCAUCAUUUCUUCCAUUUGCAACCACUCCUAAAUGACCAGCUCCCGAACCAACAAAAGACCGCUUCAAAUGCGACGAAGAUUCCCAGAUCUGUGUACCCUGCACUGACGAUGAUGAUCAAUGUGCGGACUUAUCCACGUGCGAAGAGACCUGCGGCAAAGAAGGUAAGUUCUCCUCCUCCCUGCUUACUGCUAACUAA